GGGUUUAAGAGAAAAAAAAUCUCAGAUUGAGGACAACCGUACGAGGAUAGAUAGGGUUUCCAGUUUCCAAGUGCUGCAUAUAUCUCCCUCACUUUCGUGCUCUUGUUCCUUUCUGAAGCUCCACCAAUACUCUCUAAAAUCUUGCAAUAAGCAGCAGUAAACCCCCCCCCCCCCCCUUCUCUCUCCACCUUUUCUCCUCCGCCGCCAGGAAGAGAAGCAAAACCCAGAAUUAGAAGAGCUCAAUUCCCAAUUAUCAUACGACAUGGGUGGUGAUGAAAAAACAGUGGAUGAAGAGAAGCAGAGAGGCAGCAAAACCAUGUCUUUUGAUCUCACUGACUACACAAUCAUCAAAGAGGGAGAGGCGGAGAUUCUCAUGCAUGCCAAAAACGAAGUCUUUUACAAUAAAACCCAGGUUAACAACAGAGAUAUAUCAAUUGCAGUCCUGAGGACAUUUAUAUCAAAACGCAAACAAGAACAUGAAGCAGUGUUGUCCAGGAGAACAAAGACAGCACCAAAGGUGUCAGACGAGCCUGCUCCUGAACUGGCUGCACCAAUUGAGUCUGUUGCACAUAAUGGAAUUGAUAACGGUGAGUGUCAAGAGGCAGAAGAGGUAUUUGACGAUGAACCAUGUAGCAUCUCAGAAGAAUCAGUCAAAGCCCUUGAGGGAAAAGUUCGAGGGGAGCUGAAGCCCCCAAGAGUACUAGAGGCUUUGUCAGCUUCUGGAUUAAGAGCUCUUAGAUAUGCACGCGAAGUUGAAGGCAUUGGCGAAGUAGUGGCCCUGGACAAUGAUAAAGUGUCUGUUGAGGCUUGCAGAAGAAACAUAAAAUUUAAUGGAUCAGUGGCAUGUUCAAAGGUGGAGUCACACCUUGAGGAUGCUCGAGUUUACAUGCUAACCCACCCAAAAGAAUUUGAUGUGGUUGAUCUUGAUCCUUAUGGUUCACCUUCUGUGUUCCUGGACUCUGCUGUUCAAUCAAUUGUUGAUGGUGGCAUUUUGAUGUGUACUGCAACUGAUAUGGCAGUGCUAUGUGGGGGUAAUGGGGAGGUUUGCUAUUCCAAGUAUGGUUCCUAUCCAUUGAGAGGAAAAUAUUGCCAUGAAAUGGCUUUGAGGAUCCUCCUUGCCUGCAUUGAGAGCCAUGCAAAUCGGUACAAGCGCUACAUUGUUCCAGUGUUAUCUGUUCAGAUGGAUUUCUAUGUACGCGUUUUUGUUCGCAUAUAUACUUCAGCAAGUGCAAUGAAGAACACUCCUCUUAAGCUCUCGUAUGUUUAUCAGUGCAUUGGUUGUGAUUCUUUCCAUCUUCAGCCGAUUGGGAGGAGUGUCCCCAAGAAUAACAGUGUGAGGUAUCUACCUGGGUUUGGUCCUGUUGUUCCUCAAGAGUGCAGUGAUUGUGGGAAGAAAUAUAACAUGGGUGGACCUAUAUGGUCUGCUCCCAUCCACGACCAAGAAUGGGUUACUUUCAUGCUAGGAGAUGUGAAAUCCAUGAAAGAUUGUUAUCCUGCUUAUGAUCGAAUCUCUGCUGUAUUGACAACAAUUUCAGAGGAAUUGCCUGAUGUCCCCUUGUUUCUAAGUUUGCACAAUCUCUGUGCAACACUAAAAUGCACCUCCCCAUCAGCAGUUAUAUUCCGCUCUGCUGUCAUCAAUGCAGGAUAUCGUAUAUCGGGCACUCAUGUGAAUCCCUUGGGGCUAAAAUCAGAUGCUCCGAUGGAUGUCGUUUGGGACAUAAUGCGGUGCUGGGUCAAAAAUCAUCCUGUUAAAGCUCAACCACCAGAUCAGGCAGGAAGCGUGAUCCUUGCCAAGGAACCCGUUCUCCAAGCUAAUUUUGCUCGAGCUGUUGCAUCUCUUAGCAAGGCACAAGCCAAGAAGGUUGCACGCUUCCUUCCUAAUCCCGAGAGGCACUGGGGUCCAAAGCUUAGGGCGGGGCGUCAGAUCACCAGCAAGCACGUAUCCCUUCUGGGUCCGCAGGCAUUAAAUGUAAUUAGUAACCAUGAAGAAGAUGGCGAGCCCCAAGCUAAGCGUAAGAAGACAGAAGAUCCCACUUCCAAUUCAUGAAAAAUAAAGCAUGCGCCUUUUCAAAAUGCUAAUGUAUGUAGGCCCCAGCUGGCUGAGAGCUUGUUUGACACCGUUAUAACAUGUUUCCUGUUCUGCAUUUCCUUGCAGAGAGAGAAACCAUCUUGAAUUGAGCUCUGCUACCCAGAUGAGUUACAACUAAAAAUGCCAUUGUGAGAUAGAAGAAUAUAUAAACGAUUGUAUGUUAAUUUUCAGUUUUGAAGAUGCAUCGUCAAAUUUUGUUUAUUUAUAAGUGAUUCUGGUGAGUCCAAGACUCCAAAUUGAGUAGUAACAUUUUUGUUUUGUUUUGUUUUAUUUUUUUUCUGUUCAAAUGAAAACAAUUAUGUUACCAUUUUGAAUUCUUAUUUACUUAUUGUUUAUUAAAG